CAGCACACCGGAGCUUUCCCUUGGCGAGGCCCUCCUGGCAACAGAGCAACCGAUUGCUAUAGAGACAGGGAACAGCUCAACACAAGCCACCACGACAGUCAAACUAACUUCCCCGGUUGGCGAGAAAAAGCAAGCAAAGAAGCAACAGUUGCAGAUCAUUUUUCCAUCCUAACAAUUACCUGCAGCAUGGAAGGAAAAGGUACUGGAAGCAUUGCCAAACUCAGAGCAAAGUGCUUGGAAAGAGGAGCUUCUGGGAUUAAGGGACUUGGCAGAUUUUUCCGCAUCAUGGAUGAUAACGGCAGCAAAUCUUUGGAUCUGGAGGAAUUUGUGAAGGGUCUCCAGGAUGCUGGGGUCCCUUUGGAAAGGGGUGAAGCAGAAGAGAUUUUCAGCUUCUGUGACAAAAAUAAGAAUGGUACCCUGGACUUCACUGAAUUCCUGCAAGCCCUGAGGCCUCCUAUGUCCAACACCAGGAAAGAGAUCAUUGCAAAAGCAUUCCAGAAGUUGGACAGGACUGGUGAUGGAUUGGUGACGGUAGAGGAUCUUCAUGGGGUCUACAACAGCCGAUCCCACCCCAAGUUCAAGAGUGGAGAGUGGACAGAAGAUCAGGUUUUCAGUGCCUUUCUGGAGAGCUUUGACUCUCCUGAUGAUAAGGAUGGGAAGAUCACGAAUGAGGAAUUCCUGAAUUACUACAGUGGAGUCAGCGCUUCUAUUGACAGUGAUGAAUAUUUUGUGGACAUGAUGAAAGCUGCAUGGAAGCUGUAGUGGGGUCGAGAGUUGGCAUUCCCUUCUGAAGCGUAGGCAACUUAGUACCACAUAUUCAAUACGACAUUCCUGGGACCUUCUAGUCUAGUGCAAAGUAGGGUUAGGACUUCGACUAAUGAGAGUCCAGUAGACACAUGAUUAAAAAAGAGGUUCCUUUAAAUUGUCCAUAAUUAGGAUGCUGCAAUAGAAAGCUAACUAUAGCAGAAGGGAAUCUGGUUUUCCCGCCUUUCCUCCUUUUUCUUUCUGAGUUUCCUACUGAAGGGAAGUUUGGCCUUUUUGGAAGUCACUAAGCUGUAACUUCCAACUAAAGCUGGACAAAUAAAAGCAUUCAACUUCCAAGAUCCCUACUAGCCACAAUGGCUGGGAUUUGCUGGGAGCUGUAGUUUGUCAGCAAUCUGGAGAGACACAAGUUCCUGUGGAUUUAUCAGUCUCUACACAGAAGAACAUUUAACAUUUUCCAACUGAGUGCUAUGAGUUUGUCUAUCAGUGCAGGAUUCUAUAUCCUUGUUAGGCAUAGACCAGAAUAAUAAAACUUUUAUACUCUC